AAAGAUAACGUUGCCGUCGAUCUCACUGCCAGGAACAAGUUGGACGUGAGAAAUGCGAAAUUUUUACCCCUAUCUUUUCCUAUUGAGAGAUUCUCAAUUAACUUGCCUCAACCUGAUGAAAACGGAAAAAUUCAUUCUGCAUCUCUAAAUAAAAGUUAUGCGGUUCAAACAACACCAGCCGACAAUUUGAAAGCCACUGCAACACAGGUUCAAAAAAUUUCGUUUGAAAACCUUGAGCACUCAAAUUCCUCUUUCCACGUCUCUCACUCGAGCCAUACAACUCCUGUAACUCUCCAAAGAAAAUUCCAAAUUCCGUCACUAUUUCAUUCACCGCGCUUACGAACAUCUCAGCCAGCAUUUUCCCCGGUGCAACCAGCUUUGUUGAGCACAUUUCGCCCUAUGUCAUUUCCUCAGCCUCAACCACCUGGGAUGAGCGCACACACCUCCUUGUCAUUCAGACAAACACCAUCAGCUCUACAACAAACAUCACCGUUAACUCUGGCAGUCUGGCCCGUAUCGACAUUAUCGACUGAUCCAUAUUCACGGCCUGCAGCUGGACGACAAACCCAGCAUUUCUCCCCUUUGUCAAGGCGGAAGAGAAGCGACUUCGAGGCCAUUGUCGCCACUGCCGCCACCGGACGACCUAGCAUCGCCUAUCCUGUCUCUCGCCACCCUUCCUUCUUAUCAGUGGUGGAGACGAUGGUGCAGGUUUGCGCGGCCGUAGGCCUGCUCGCCUGCUGUCUCCUCAUACUCGGCCUCUGCCUUGAUCAGAAGUACUUUUUGCUGCCCUGGAUCAUCGAUACGUCGGUGUUUAUCGUCGUUGACUUCGUCUACGUCAUGGGCUCCAUAAUCAACGCACACGUCAAUCUGGAGUACGAUCCAGAGACUCACUCGGACAUCGAAUUCUCUAUGCUCCACACUGUGGUCUUCUUCAGUCUUGCUCUCAAUGUGUACGCAGUGCUGUGCGUCACGGCGCAGUUCCAGGAGUACAUGGCAGGGGGCGGCACGGCACAGGCACGCGAGCUGCCUGUCAGGACGUCGUCGGUCCGCUUUGCACGCAAGUCAUCGACGCACGUUUUGGCGACCUGCAGGGAGGACGUCGAGCUAGUCGAAGCUGGGGUCCAUUGUUCAAAUUCGACGCGUUCUGAGCGCAGAACGCGGGAACCGAAAGUCCCUCAACUGCCGCGACGUACGGUCUCCUUCCACAGGCAUCCCAGCGACAAGAGGGUGCAUAGAAUAGCCCGGAAAUAUUCAGCUGUUUCUGCAGCAGGCCUAGCAAUACAAAACGAAUUGCCAACCAUUCAUGACAAUGACAUGUCGAACAACACUUGCAACGGAGCAGCUCCCGAUGAAGGAUCUGGUGGCGCAAUGAACUUUAUUGCUGGAUACUUCAAUGCCUCCGAACCCACUGGCAGUAGCGUCUUAUCGAGCAGUUCUUGUGAACUGGACGGACCUAGCGUGGACAAUAACGCUAUCAGUAUUGACAUGAGGUCUUCCGAUGACAUGCUUGCGGGUAGUGGGAAAACUUCGUCUUGCAACACGGAGGUCAUUAUGAACAUCGAAGUACUGCAUGAUUCUACAAAGCAGCCUAAAUUGCCUCGGCCUGUAGGAUUGAAGAGACAAAACACCUUGCCCAUCACUCACCGAGAUCGUGAUGCGUUGAACUUCCCAGUCUCCACACACACGCCCAAUAUUAGAGAUUCUUUAUGUUCUCCGCCCAUGAGGCGCGGAUCUCAGUUUUAUUAUUCAAAUACUCAACCUUUGCCUGUGUUCACUAACCUCUUAUCUAACUCACCACAGCUUGCGUCAAUGACGCCUGAGCAUGCUGUGCCUCUGCAGCUAUUGACAGAUGCAUCUGAAUUGUUAGAUCCACCUCACAGAUCCCUGCAGCUUUUGACUGGUCCAUCUGAACACCUGAAGCUCAUGGAAAAUUCAUCCAAACACCUGCCCCGUCUGACAGAUUUUCCAGAACCUUCAACCAUGUUGGGAAAUCGCUCUGAACCUCAACCAUCUUCAGUAUGUAUAAUUGAACCUGUAUCUUUACCUUCAUUUUCAUAUCUUUCUGAACCUGCAUUGCGUUUACCUGAACCAUAUGUACCCGUGCAAAUGUCCCAAUUAGAAUCAGACCCGACUGAAUGCCUAUUGUCGUUAGUGACUGCCUCGCAACCUAAUGUACCAGUGUUAUUGGAUCCGUCGCAAUCAAACUAUCCGAACAUGUCACAAUUCAUAUCAAUCCUGUCCGAAUCUUCACCUUUACUGUCAGACCAAUCCAGAGCGACGAAUUUCUCAUCAGACCCUGCAGAAUCAGUGCCACAGUUUCAUAAUAAUUACCGACCUGCAACAUUAUCGGCAAUUUCAUCACACGGGCUACAGUCGCCAAGAUCCUCGACAAGCAACUUGUCGACGGAGGCCAUCGGUGGUGUCCAAGAAGGAAGGCAUCAACAUUCGAAUGAUCGACAGUGUCUUGAUUCUGGGAACGAUUUGGUUGAAAAUCAUAGACUAUGUGAGGUAAGCAAUAAUUUCGCACUACCUCGCGAAAUUGAAAAAGUCAGAAUUAAUGCAAAUCUUGAUAUAGUGUGAUCCUGCUGCUGAAUAACGAUGAAAAUUUUCACUUGACUGGUUUUCUUAAUUAAUGAGAUAAAUAUUUUAACAAAUUCAAAGGGGUCUAAUCUAAUCCUAAAAUGAAUUUGUUUACAAAAGUAUUGGUUACCAUUUCUAAACAAAUGUUGUAAACAAAUGUAUAUUUUUUAAUUAGUUUUGUACAUUGGUCUCUAAGCAAACACGAAAUGUCUCUCGAUUUCCAAUUUACGCUUUCGAUUAUUUAUGGGCUAAUAAUUAAAUUCAUCUGUAGUAAUUAUGGCAACACACUUAGCAGAUUUAAUUUUCUUCGUUUGCAAUAUCCGGACCAUUGAACUGCCGUCCCUUAAUGGUACUUAAAUUUCAUAUUUUUCCUCAGCAUGAAUUUUUUGUCCUUGAACUAAGCUAAAUUGAGGCUCCGUCUGUGUAAGCCUUACCGAUUCAUCUCAUUGCAUUGAAAUAAUAAUGAUAUACACCAUAGAUGUGCGCUGAUUGAGCCUAUUCUUAUCGAUUACGCCAAAUAACUGUUGUCAAAGCAAGUAUCAAGGAGAGACUGGAGGUCAGACAUCCCAAUCUUUGAUUAAUUUUUGAUAUUUCGGUCGUGUUUGAAGGAAUUAUUUUAUUUCGUCAUGAAAGCAGACUUGUCUCGUUCGCGAUUCUGUCUAACUAGAGCAGGACUCUCAGCCCGACGCUUGUGUUGCAAACUCGCUUUGAUUGAGCAAUAAGAUUCAUAGAAUGAAAUCAACGAAUAUUCAUUUUGGGACUCAUGAACAAAGCAAAUGUCAGCCACACAAAACAGUGUCAAGCACUCUUCAUCCAAUUGGCGGAAAAUUUCUAACAAAGAAUUCAUUUAUGAAUUGAUUUAUGCUCUAAAUUCUUCUUUUAACGAGGUUGUUGGCUAUUAUUUGCAUACAAUUUAAACUUUAUAUUA